UACUAUAUAGAUAUAAUUUUUAUAAUUUAUUGAGUUUAUUCGAUUCAAAUAUGGACUGGAAACACGCAUUAAAAAAACAACAUAUUUCUCCUACUAAAAGAAAAGUUGGUAAACAUGUUUAGCACAAUUGUUAUUAAAGAAGAUGGGGCUGAUACAAAAACUGUUGUGCCAUUUCAUUGGGUUGACCCAUGUAAAGGUAUCAUGUUUUAUCCACCCCGAGGACGUAAAACUGUUGGAGUUUAUCUUUCUGAAUGGGCAGAGCCAGAGGCCGGCUGGCAAGAGUUUAAGUUUGUUGAAUAUAUUCUUGAAGCUGGUAGCUAUGAAACUUGAAAAUCAAUGUUAAUGUUCCAAACUGAACAUGAGGAUAAUGACCUACCUAUUUGAAAUGAAAGAAAAAGAGAGAGUGGCUAGUCCAAAACUAAAGUUAAGUGGAUUAAAAAAAACAAUUGAAUAUGAUGAUGAGGAUGACAUACCAAAUUCUGUGGCAUCAAAUUCAAGUAAAGUAGUUGAUGAUAACAAUAGGGAAAAGUGUAAAUGCAUUGAUAAGUUAAGGAAAAUUGGUGAUGGUGGAGUUUCGUUUCGAGAGAUGACAAAUAAACAAUUUCAAUAUGAUUUGUUUAUGGACUUGCAGAAAUAUUUUCGGCAAAUCCAAGAAUCACAAGCACAAAUCCUUGAUAAGCUUAAAAUAAUUGAACAAAGUGGAGAUGUUAAUUUUGAUGUGAAUGUUGAUGAUAUUGGUAGAGACCCUGUUAAUUCGAUUGAGCAAUUUGAUGUAAUGGAAAAUAUUUUAAAUACAAGUUCUAAUGCAAGAAAAUGCAAGGUUACUCAAAUGAGAGGUGUAGGAGGAGCUACUCCACGGAAAACUGUCAAAAAUGUUUUGAAUGCUGUUAUGACUCAAGAAAUACAAUCAUUAUUCAGCAAGGAUGGCAGAAAAGGGAAACGAAAAUUUACAAGCACUGCUCAUUAUAAAUGCAUUAAAGAUGCUAUUGUUGGAGACAAAAAUGGAUAUGAUGCAAGCAGCAUUGAUGGUGUCAUUGGCGACAUGCUAAAACGAGCCAAAAAAUAAUAAUUUUGGUUGAUUAAAUUUUUUAACUAUAAAGCUUUUAAAAUUUAUCAAAUCUGAUCCAGUUAUGGAAUACAAGCACUCAUUAAAACAACAUCAUGUUUCUCCUACAAAAAGCAAUCUUCCACUUCUAUGCCAAGCAGGGAUGAGUCUUCAUACAAAACAUGUGCAUCUCAACUAUACUUUCAGAACUAAAUGGUAACCAAGCAAAAGGUUUACAUGAGAUACCAAUUGAUAAUGAGCUGCAUAAUGAUAUGGCACCAUUAGAACCAUUACGAAAUGAACUUCAGCACUGGAGUUUGAAACAUGGCUGUACCAGACAAUGUGUAAACGACUUAUUAAAUAUUUUGAUAAGAAAUGAUCACAAGGAAUUGCCAAAAGAUGCAAGAUCACUUUUAUUUACUCCAAGGGUUGUUUCAACAACUUCCAUACAUGUUGAAGGAAAAUAUAAAUAUUUUGGAGUAAGACAGGGCAUUAAAAAUAUUUUUAAACACCAUAUCUUUAAUGAAACUCAAAUAAAAUUAAUAUCAAAUGUAGACAGAUUCCCUGUUUUUAAAUCCAGUUCAUAUCAAAUAUGGUCUAUACUGUGUCAAUUUGGGCACUUUAAACCUUUUGUGGUUGCAUUGUAUGGUGAUGUAAAGAAGCCAAUUGCAUCAGAGUUCUUAAAUGACUUUGCUGAAAAGCUGCAAACCUUUGAUAGUCCUAUUGCAAUAUGCGGGAAAGAGUAUAGUAUUUCUGUAUUUUCUAUUUCAUGUGAUUCACCUGCUAGGUCACUUUUAAAGGGUACUGUUGAACAUUUGGGAUAUCAUUCAUGUGAGCGAUGUAAUGAAGUUGGUAUUUCAAUAAGGAAUCGUAUUGUCUUUACCAAUACACAAUUAAAUAUUCUACCCAGAAUAAAUGCAUUAGCAUCAUUCCAAUCUUUACGAAACUAAUAGAAUAUCUUAUCCUACUAAUCUGUCCAGAAAUAAAAGAAACUCAUCCUCUUCAAUUCGGUUUCACUAAAAAUAGCUCAACCCUACACGCUGAAUUUGUUAUUAGUGAAACAAUUAAACACUACAACAACCACAACAACUCACCUGUCUAUCUCUGUUCCCUAGAUGCUGAAAAAGCGUUUGACAGCUGCAAUUGGAACAUUCUGUUUGAGAGACUAUACAAUGAUAAAAAAACUCCCUCUGUGUAUUGUUAAUACCAUAUCGUCAUUAUACUAUGAAAGCAGUGCUUCUGUUUCUUAUCUAGAUUGCAAAUCAUAUCCUUUCUAUCUAACGCAAGGAGUGAGACAGGGAUCUAUUCUCUCGCCUCAUUUGUAUAACAUUUAUACUCAAAACCUACUAGAAACCUUACAAAACGAAAGCGUCGUAGGUACAUCAAUCAAUGGAAACUAUACGGGUGUUGUAGCAUAUGCUGAUGACAUUAUACUCCUUAGCUCCACCGUCUCUGGCCUACAAAAGCUUAUUAAUAUAUGUAAUAUGUACACACACAAAAACUGCAUAAAAUUGAAUGCUGACAAAACCGAGUUCCUGCUCACCGGAAAAAAGCAAAUUAAAAACUGCACAAUAACUCUCAACCACCAACAAAUAAAACUUCAUGAUAAACUUAGUCAUCUAGGCUUUACAUGGGAUACAAAAAGUUCCCCUUUUGCCUCACUUAAUAAAUCAAACAUUGAUCAUCGAAUAUCUAAUUUCCGGACGGUAAACCAAACCUUAAUUCAAUCAGGAAUCCGUUUUGCUCACCCAAACUCCAUUGUUCAGUUAUAUAAAACUUUAGCUGUUCCAACACUAACGUAUGAUCUUGAGCUGUGUGAACAUAAAAAAAUGUUAAUGCAAAAGCUUGAUAUAGUUGGAAGAAAUGCACUUAAGUCACUCCUCGAUGUUUCAAAACAUAGCAAAAAUUAUAUUCAUACCUUAUUUUUUAUUGAAGAUAUAUCAAUUAUUAUACAACAAAACAAGCUAAAAUUAUUUAUUCCUUUGAUGAACAAUAAAAUGACAUAUGAUAUUAUUAGGUCGCAGCUGAAAAACAAAACAGCCCCACAACAUUUUUUAGAUAGUAUCAAAGGGUUGUGCAAUAAUUAUGAACUAAAUCUGGAGACAAUAAUGGAAAGUAAAAAAAAAAUAAAAAUUGUAGGCCUCAAAAAUUUAAUUCCUGAAACGGAUCUUAAAUCUCUAAAAUGUGCAGUUGAGUACUGGAACUAAAAAGAGCAGAGUAUUAACUUCAAGGACAUUCUUGAAAAACAUAUUUUUUUUUUAACGUGAUCAUCUUGAUCACGUUAAAAAAAAAAAAAAAAUUCCAAGAUUUUUUAUAUUUAUCUUGUAUGAAACUCUUAAUUUACUUUACUUGUAUAGUGGGUGUUUAAUAAAUC